AAGGAAUCGCGAUCAUCCAAUCAGAGAGGCCUCCCAUCUCCCUUUCGAAUCCGGGCGGGGCUAUUGGUGGUGAGAGGGCGAUGACGCUAAGGGCGAGGGAGUUCUGAUUGGGCGAGGAGGCAGCGCGAGCAUCCAAUAGGCGGGCAGAGCGCCGGCAGCUGGGAAGAAUGGAGUCUCAGCAGCAGCCACCGCCGCCGCCGCCGGAGUCCGAGCUGGAGGAGUCUCUGGUGGCGCCGCUGCUGGAGCUGGGCAUCCCUGAGGCGGCGGCCCGGAGGGCUUUGGCGCUCACUGGAGGCCGCUCGGCCGAGGCGGCGGCCCAGCUCUACUUCAGCAGCGGCCUCGACUCCCAGGAGGAAGACGAUGCACAAGGAAGCGGUUACUACAAAAUGGUCUUUGUGGUUAACAUGGAUCUAUCCAUGGGAGCUGGAAAGAUUGCUGCUCAGGUGGGACACGCAGCCAUUGGCCUCUUCCAGCUGAUGCAAGAGAAGCCUAGUCAGAGGGACAUAAUCAACCAGUGGGAUGAACAUGGUGCCAAGAAAGUUGUACUUCAGGGAUCCAAUACUGACCAAUUGCUGGAGCUGCAUGCCUUAGCCCUGAGCCUGGAACUGCCAACGUACCUAGUGCAAGAUGCAGGGAGAACCCAGGUUCCGGCUGGAUCACACACCGUCCUGGCCAUUGUGGGAGAAGAAGAGAUGGUGAAUCAAGUGACUGGGCAGCUCAAACUGCUGAACUGAGGAGUGCUUUAGAGCUUGGCUCUGUCACCAUGGCAUGGGAGUUCCUGGGCAAGCCAUUGUGUGUAUAUUUGUGUGUUUCGGGGGAUGAGGCAGCUCCUGCCGCCAACCACUCAAGGCCCAUCUGGGCAGCAUGGAGAAACCAAAAGGGGUAGCUUUCCUUUAUAAGAGGGUGCCCUCUUUUUAGGAGGCGGAGGCUGUACAGUUCGACUGCAGUGGGAUUUCUAGGGUACACCCUAGUGGCUCUGUGAGAGGAUGGAUUUGUAUUUCCUGUACCACUUUAGAAACCAGGUGAAAUUCCAUGCAGGCAUUCCCUGGGUUUUUGUUUGUUUUGUUUCUGGCACUGUGGCAAAGCCAUAGAAGGCUCAUCUAGUGUUAAUACCUCAUGGCAGGAGGAUAUGAUGUACCUAAGCAUCCCUGACAUGUGUCUGUCUUGUCUUGUGGCAGUAUGGUUGCAGGAACUGAUCGAAGAUCCAGCAGCCCCUCCAGACAGCUUAUUCUGCUGCUGAAUUGUUUUUAACUGCUUAAGGAAACUAUAGUUUUCCUGGUGUUUAGUCAAAAAGUCCACCUUGUAGUAGUUGAAAUCCCUUGUAUCUUACUCUGCCCCUCUUUGUGGAUUGUCUCCUUUCUCAUGAUAUCCUUUCCAAAUAGCUUUAAACUGUUGGAUUUUAAUUGUUGUACUAGUACCGUAUUCUCAUUUCUCCAGUCAGUGGAUAAACAUUGAAUUAGGAAAUUGUUGUGCUGGCCACAGCCAAGAAUAAGAUAUUGUUUAGUAGAAACUGGGAGGGUUGGAAGGAGAGGUAGACAAUGUGUGGUCCUCUAGAUGCUAUUAAACUGGAACUCCCAUCAGCCUUACUCAGCAUUGCCAGUGGUGAGAGAUGAUGGGUAGUACAUCUGAACAUCUGGAGAGUGCCAAGUUGCCUAUUUCUGCUUUAAAGCAACAGGAUGAGGAGGAUGGAUUAUAGUGGAAGACUGCUGCAGAGAAGGCAACUUUGUUGAUUUUCCUGAGGCAGUCCUUCCCUCUUCUCUUUGCUCAUUUAAAACACAAUUUGAAUGCUUACACAUAAUGGGACACAAUUACUCUGCCCAAAAAAGUCUUUUAGGAAGAAUCACAAAACAAGGAAGGGAGUAGAGCAGUUUGCCUAUGAUUGUUGCUUCAUAGAUACAAGCCAGCAUGUCUGUGCCACACUUUGCCCCCACCCCAAUACUGGUGUGAUGGUCAAGUGGAAUUGCAAAAGUGCCAUUUUGAAAGCUGAGGAAGUUAAAAAACAUUAAGCAAAUCUUAAUGUUUUUAUUCAUAAAGAGUGGUGGGGUAACUGUGGCCCUACAUUUGUUGAAAGACUAUAUUGCCCAUCAGCCUCAUCCACCACACCCAGUGGCCAAGCAUGGUGGGAGUGGUUGUCCAAAACAACUAGAGGGAUACAAAUUGCUAGCCAGUGCAUGUCUCUAGAGUAUUGUUUGUGCCACACUUUCUGAAAUAAUAUAUAUUGAGAGCAGGAGGCCUGUAGUAAUACACUAGAUGAGUGGCAGUAGCUGGAUGUUAAUCCGGGUCUUUUUGUAACUGUUUUUCUGUCCAUUGAACUAGUUGCCAUUAAUAUUUCCAAGCCUCACCUUUAAUGCAACUUGUAACAUACAGCCCUUUGCUUUGUCCAUUUUCCUCUUAAUUUUUCUUCUAGUUAUUGCUAAAGAACCCAAAGAUGGCUGUUUUAGAUUUCUGGUAAUGCUGCAAUGGAGACAGGUUGCAAUUUUGCAGGAAAAUCUAAGUCAGCAUUAUUCAGUCUUGUUUGUGUUUUUUAACUCACUUUCACAAGGUUUGGCCAUAAUGGGUGCAGAUGAUAAUGAUAGUUUAACACAUCUAGGGGUGGUAUCUGCAUUGUAGAAAAUAAUUUAGUUUGACACCACAUUAACUUCCAUGGCUCCAUCCUACACAAGCCUGGGAUUUGUCAUUUUGUGAGGCACUAGCACACUUGGCUGGCAAGGUUAAACUUUUUGCAAAACUAUAGAUCUCAGGAUUCCAUAGAAUGGAGUUCCAGCACUUAAAGUAGUGCCAUCUACAUUAUCUCUACAGUAUAGUUGCACACUGGAUUGGAGAAGGCUGCCUUGGGACAUAGAGUGAGGUCAUUGACUCAGCAGGUGGAAAUCAAUAUCUUGACCAUGGCUGGCUGCCUAAAAAUUGUUUGGAACUAAAAACUGCAGAUAACUGAUACUGUAUGAUGGGUUUUGCCAGUGUUUCUUGGCAGACCUUCUGCAUCUUUUAACCACCUACCUGAAAUUCAGCAUGUGGAUGGGAGAACAAAAGCUUUACAUUCCUAACUUUGCAUUCAUGGAAUUAUUUAAAAAUAUAGGCCACACUUAGUGUUCCCUGCAACAUACCAUGUUCUGUGUUAUGAUUUAAAGAAAAACAUAUCAUAUAGGCUCUGGAUUUAAGACAAACCUCUUUUUGAAAUUUUUUCUAAUGUAGCUUCAGUAAUUACCUGUGAGUGGGCCAUAGAGCUAAAAAAAAUGGAACUUUGCAACAUUACGACUUGCAUAGGAAAGAUUACAGUUGUCCUUCGAAUCCACAAAUUCAAUCAUUUGUGGAUUGUCACAUCCUAGAUAAGUACAUGGCAGUGACAUGAAUACGCUGAAGUAUGUGGGUUCAUGACACUGCCAUUUAAUAUGGGUCCUGUUAGCCUCAUUUUUUGCAUUCACAGGGGUCCCAUUGUGCAAAGCAUGACACAGUGCUAUGACUAGGCUACAUAGUCUGCCCCUCUUUAACAGGUCACAGCAUGUUAUGCAGGAGGAAUUUGUCAUCCAACUAUAUUGCAUUCAAUAUAGUUCCUGGUAUACCAGUUGUUGCUGAUGGGGGAUAAUGGGAAUUGUUCAACAAGGGAGCAAUUGGGGGGAAGGGUGUAACAAAGGCAUUUGUUAGCCUGUUUCUACCCUAGGAGAGAACACUGUGUGGUCCUCUACAUGUCCUGUCCUCUGCUAUGCUGGUGAAGGCCGAUGGGAGCUAUAGUUAGCAACAUCCAGACGGCUACACUGUUCCUACCCCUGCUCUAACCCCCACCUUUUUGGUAAAGUGUUUCCUAAGAACAUGACACAAAUUACUGGCAGAAGCCCAUAUCACAGACAGACCCAGAAGACAAAAAACUGCAGCUAGGUUAAGAGCCUCUUGGAAUAAAAGGCAACACAGUGUUUACAAGCUGAGUCAUAAACCCCCUGAUGGUGUGGAGUGACUGAUAAUGCAAGGCCCCGCUGGUGGGUGUACAAUUUACGAAGUUUUAUGUAGCAGCAAAGUAAAGAAACAAAUUACCAUGGGUCUUUUGAGCUGGUGAAUUUUGGUGCUUCAAGCCCUGACAGAGCAAGCUGCUCGUUCACGCUCCAUAUUACCAGGCAUUUAAGGGUUUAUGAACGUGAAAACAAGCUGGCAGGCAGAAGACAGCAAGCUUUGCACAAAUGUGGAAAGAACAACAUUAAGUCAAGGUUUAGGUGUUUUGGGUUUUUCUGGUCUGGGAUCCCAUCUGUGGUGUAAGUUCUAUUAAUGAAUGGGGAUAAAACAAAUGUUCAGCCAGAUCUUGUUUUCGUAACAGUAAAGGUGUUUUUUUUUUUUUUUUUUUGCUAAAGUGAAAAUGAGACUUAACUUAUGUAAGAUUUCAGCCUAAACGCAGGGAUAGGAAUCUGCUGCCAUGCAGAUGUUGUUGGACUGUAACCCCUAACAGCCCUCACCAGUGGAGAAGAGCACUGAGAGCUGCAGUGCUGCAACAUCUGGACACCCAAACAUUGUUUACCCUGGCCUUAAUACAGUGAUUAUGGCUCUCCUUCUCUGGCCGCUUUUUUGUUUCUACAGCAGAGGUCCCGUCUCCCACACGUCCCUGUUCCCUCAAGCACUGUGUUUAACAUUUAGUUGGUAUGAAACAGGGAAUAUGUUGCCGUCCCCAAACUGUUUUGGGACUACAUUGAGCGCUUGAUGGGAAGAUGAUACUGCAUUAAUUAGUCUUCAUAGGCUGCUGCUCUGCCUGCAGCUUCAGUUCUGAUAUACUAUAGAUAAAUUGCAGAGCCUGGAAAAGUGAUUUUGUUGGACUACAAGUAUAGAUUUGCUGGGCAUUGUAGUCAAAAAAGGAACUUUUCUUUAGCACUGGUAAGGUGAAGAGAUGGGUGGUAUUGCACAGUGAAUCAGGCAUUUUUUUCAAAGUUUGCUAAAUAUGGCUUGCCAAAAAUGUUUGUGUAACCCUUGAGUCUGCAUCCAAUAUUGGGAAACCAGACUACCAUAUGUUUAACUGGAUCUGUUCACAGUCUUGCUCCUUGCCUCUCCUCUCUGUAUACCUUUCCUCUGUUUGUCACUUUGUCCAAAUUCUGAUAGCAGCUUCUUGGGGGGCGUGGAACUGUAUUUUUUCUUACCAAACUCUGUAAGAGGUUCUUGUAUAUGGAAAGUGCGGUAUAAAUAAUAAUUAAAAUGUAUGCAAGCUUC